GCUUGGGGCUGGUGGAAGCUCUGGUGGGUAGGUGGGUUCAGACCGAGGGGACUACGGGUCGGCGUUGGGCUCAGUGGACUCGAAACAAAGGACUAUCCGGUUGGGACUCGGCGCGGUGCCUCCUGACCGGUAGCUGAGCGGCUGAUCGAGCCUUCUCGGCCAGCCAGUGCCCUCGCCGCGCGGUCUCAGAAGGCUUCUCCUCGGCUCCUUACAGCCAGCGCCGUGGUGGGGGGCCCGGCACAGCGGCACCUGCUGCUGAGGGACCCCGUGGCCCGCCCAAGGUGCUCAUGAUGGGGCUGAUCUUCGCUAAACUGUGGAGCCUCUUCUGUAACCAAGAACACAAAGUAAUUAUAGUGGGACUGGAUAAUGCAGGGAAAACCACCAUUCUUUACCAAUUCUUAAUGAAUGAAGUGGUUCAUACAUCUCCAACCAUAGGAAGCAACGUUGAAGAGAUAGUUGUGAAGAACACUCAUUUUCUUAUGUGGGAUAUUGGUGGUCAAGAAUCACUGCGCUCAUCCUGGAACACAUAUUACUCAAACACAGAGUUCAUCAUUCUUGUUGUUGAUAGCAUUGACAGGGAACGACUAGCCAUUACAAAAGAAGAAUUGUACAGAAUGUUGGCUCAUGAGGAUCUACGGAAGGCUGCAGUCCUUAUCUUUGCAAAUAAACAAGAUAUGAAAGGGUGCAUGACAGCAGCUGAAAUCUCUAAAUACCUCACCCUUAGUUCAAUUAAAGAUCAUCCAUGGCACAUUCAGUCCUGCUGUGCUUUAACAGGAGAAGGGUUAUGCCAAGGUCUAGAGUGGAUGACCUCCCGGAUCGGUGUGAGAUAACUUUUUGCUCGAAAGAGACUGCUCUAUUUAUUCUGUGACAUGAACAUUUUCCUAGUACAUUUGGCUGCUAAGGCAGCAGCAUGUUUAAUUUAUAACAACACAAACCUCUAUGAGCAACACUUGAAUCAAGUGCAGCUGAACUGGAACAUAAAAAGAUUUUUUCUUAACUUUUUUUUAAUGCACUAAUCUUCAGUUGGAUGAACAUAUGUAUAACUAUGUUUUCAGCAACAUAAUUCUUCUGACUGCUGAUUCUAAUUAUUCAAUGACUGCCUUGUAAGAAAUGUUUGUCAUAUGUUUAAUGUUUUCUGAAGUAUUGUAAUAACUUUAAUGACCAAUUUCUUGACUACCCCCUCUCUCUACCAGAUAAUUACUGGUUUGACAAAGUAGUAGUGGAAAUCAUCAGGUACUGCUUGCAAACUUAACCAGCACUAAAUAUUUGCUCCCUCUUGAAACCACUGAUCUUUUGGACAGAACUUAUUAUAGAGAAAGAAAUCUGCCUAGAAGUUAGAUGUGUGUGUGUGUGUGUGUGUGUGUGUGUGUGUGUGUAUGUAUGUGUAUGGAAGACUGACCAUCAUGAGACCUGCUUUUAAGUUAAUUUCUCCCACAUUAUUAAAAGUCAUGGAAUAAUUUUAAGUUACUAUUAGCAUGGAAAUUAAAUAGGCUGUUUAUCUAAAAGAAUUAAAUUCACUUUUCUGCCUCCUACACAGGUUUAGUUUUGGCUAAAAACUAAUCAAGGAAAAAUAUUUGAAAGCCCAACUUUGAUGGUAAAUAUUUUGGAUAAAUCUGAUAAUUUUAAAAAUGUCACAUUAUUCAACACAUACAUUAACUAUCGGAAAUUAUUAAAGGAUACCAGCACUACUAUCAAAACAAGACACUUAGAAUAUAUUUUACUAUCAAUUAUAAGCAACUUUAUUAUCAGCAAAAAGUUCAACUAUUCCAUUUGCAAGGGAGAGCACAUCUGCUUUAGGCAAUAGCUAAAGCAGAAGUACAAACAUUUUCGUUUCUUAAAAUUUUGAAAUUGUGUGAAUUUGAAUAGUGUUUCUACCACCAGCAGUAUGUUACUUAGAAAACCAUAUGACUUUAUCUCUCUUAGUUUAUAGUGUAAUAGGCUUAAAACAGUCGCCAUCUUUAUAGAACAUGAUAUUCUGAAGUCUUUUCCUGCGUUACAGGAAACUGCUGAAUUUAAUUCUAGCUUUUAAAGUAUUACUAGGAGAUUGAAAGUUAACUCUAACAUCUUAUAAAUUAAAAAAUAGGAAGAAAAAGUCAUAUCUAUCAAAAGUCUAUUACAUAUCAUUCAAAAGUUUUCAAGGCAGUUGUCUAAUAUAAGCAGUAAUAUAAAUAGUGCGAGGACAAGUAAUUUUGAUCCUCUAUUUCAAAUGUGUGAUUUUGCUAUAAUGAAAGGGAUAAAAUGCAUACUUAGAGAAUAAUACUUCAUUUUUGCAGUAUGAAUACCUGUUCAAAAGUGGUAUUUUAAUUUUAAUAUUUUUUAUUGUAAAUUGGUUUUACUUUUGCUCUGUUUUCAGGUAUACUUGAUUUAUUAUAUUUAGUCUAAUUUAGUUGAAUGUGGUAACAUUUUCUUUCUAUUUAGUGGUAGCACACCCCCUAGAACUGAAAAAUGACCAGAGGAAAGUUUUCUGGACUUUGGGAACUAGCGGUUUAUUAACUUUGUCUUGAACCUUUUCCUUAGUGAUUCUAUACCAGGUAGAGAGUAAAUUUUGUUUUUAAUAAAAUCCAUAAUCUAGAACAUGAGAGAAAAGCAAACAUAAAUCAAUAUGGAUGCUUUGUGGUAUGUGUUUGGGGCAAGGGGCAGGAGGAAAUAUGAAGAUACCAAUUACCUAAAGCACACUUUGCCAGAGUUUCUGUCUUAGUUACAGAGUUUAGCCAUAAAUACUGAAGAUAAUUCUCUUAGCUCCAUCCUGAGAAAACAUAUUUAACACCGCCCCUGUAUCCAUUCUUAUUAUGAAAUUUAUCUUAUAUCUAGUAAGAUUGGCUGGUUCAGUUUUCUUCUAUCAAAUUAUACGGUUAUUUUUUUAUAUUACCACAUCAGCAUUAUAUUGAAAGUGUUUUUAAUAGUUGAUCAUGUUUGUCAAACAACUACUAGUAUAGAUUCAAGUUUGCUGUUUAAUUUUUUAAAAUACGAUUUAUUUUCUAAAUUUUUUAAAAAAGCAUUUUGUUAGUUUGGGAUUAGAAAUGGUUUAUGUUAGUUGUGUUAAAAAUGAAAUCGACAUCCCACUAGUUUUUGUGGCAAUGAUUGGGAAAAGUUCAAAUAGGAAAUUCAUGUAAGACUUUUUAAAGGUGUUUUAUAGGUUCUCAUUAGAGAUUUCCUGUUACAGUGAUACAAACACUGAUUAUCCUUUACUCCAAGAGAAUGUUUUGUUUGACCCAAGCGGGUAUCUAAUACUAAAGCAUUGAUUCUGACAUGCAUUGUCAAUUAACUAUAAGAUACUAUCUGAUGAAAAAUGUAAAUUUGUAAUUAGUGCCUUUAUUCACAUUUUGAGAUGAGUUCUCAAUUUUGUACUAUACCUGUUCUUUAGAAGUCAGAUUAACAGCUGAUUAACUUGACAAUGAACUAAUUCGAGAUUCACCUACCCGCCAACCCUUCAGUUGCCUAGCAAAGUUUCUAGUACCUAGUGGAAAGCAAGGGACCCACCCACAUUACUUUUGGGAGAUUUUUCUAGAUUUUAUUUUUAUUUUGAGGAUGAAGAAAUGAAAGUUUAACAAAUCUUUUCAAUAUUUUAUUGGAACUGAAAUGUAACUGCCACCCAAAUAUGGCAUUUUUCUUCAUUUUGAACACUUUCUUCAUAUUUAAGCCCACUGUGCUUAUUGCAGCGCAUUUGGGAACUCUUAGAAUUAGCAGGCCCUUUUAUAUGGGAAUAUACUACAUAAUUUGUGUUGUUAGUGUAAUUUAAUUCCUUAAAAUCUGAAAUUAUAUAUAUAUAUAUAUAAUCUUUUGGAAAACUCAUGGUUAAAUACAUAAUUUUUGCUUUUAGGUUCUGUGUUAGGUGUGCUUAAAGGUAUAAUUUCAUUCUGUAUUCAUUAGAAGAAAGGUAAUAAAUUCAAGUUUUAUUGUUAAAAAUAAUUUUUAAAUGGGCACUUACCCUUAGAGCCAAAGUCAUUUUGUUUAAGCAUAAAUUAACUUUUAUUUUCUAUAGCAUCAAGAGAAAAUAAUUAUUUUCCUAUGGAAACAGUGAAUGAUACAGGCAGUGCUGUAAACAGUAUUCUCGGAAGAGCUAUGGGGAAUCAACAAAGCAAAGAAAAUUUUAAAGAAAACAAUAAAUCUUUAUAUUUUUAAAAA